AUGAUAACUAAAGAGAAGAAGGAAAUUAAAGGAGGAAAUCAAAACUCUAAAAUGUCGGUUUUGAGACCUUUCUUCGGAGUUCUUACAAUCGUAUCGAUAGUGCUCUCCAUUUUGUUGCCAAUGGCACGGGCUCAAUCCACAGCUCCUGCUCUGGCUCCGAUAAGCGACGGAACAACAAUAGACCAAGGAAUAGCAUAUGUCCUCAUGUUGGUGGCUUUGGUCCUCACUUAUCUCAUUCAUUGAUCAAUUUUAUCAUUUUAAUGGUGUCUAUUUAGUUUGGUUAUUAUUUUAUUUUUUUGUCAUUUUGAUUGUAAUUAAAUAGAGACCAGAAAAGCUUAUAUGUGGUGGAGAAAUUAAAGAGGCUUUCUAAUUUUUGGAGUGAUAAGAGUUUUGAAGUUCAUUUGUAUAUAGUCGAUGUGCGGUUAACUGUUGGAAAUAUAUUUCAUCGAUUCACAUCUUUCUUCAUUCAAAUAGUCAGUAUCUUAAACGACAUUAUUGUUUUCAUUUUUUUCGAGUGCAAAUGGCAUCUUAAAUAACAUUUUUUAUAAAAGAUUUAAGAUUAAACCUCAAA